GGUUGCUCUUGUGGAAAAUAUUCCUGAAGGGAUCAACUAUUCAGACAGUGCACCAUCCCAUUUGUCUCUUUUCCAAGGCUGGAUGAAUUUGCUUAAUAUGGCUGAAAAGUCUGUUGACAUAGUAUCUUCCCAGUGGGACCUCAAUCACAGUCAUCCAUCAGCAUGCCAGGGUCAGCGUCUCUUUGAAAAAUUGCUUGAACUGGCAUCCCGAAAUAUUGAGAUAAAACUAGUGAGCGAUAUACUGCCCAUGGAAUCAAAGGUAUUAAACGACUUGAAAACAAAGGGUGCUGAAGUGUUGUAUAUGAACAUGUCUGCAUAUAAUGAAGGUCGGCUUCAGUCAUCUUUCUGGAUUGUUGAUAAACAGCACGUGUACAUUGGAAGUGCCAGCCUAGACUGGAGAUCGUUGGGACAGAUGAAGGAACUUGGCGUCAUCGUAUACAACUGCAGCUGCCUGGUCCUGGAUUUACAAAGGAUAUUUGCCCUGUAUAGCUCAUUAAGAUACAAGAAUAAAAUACCACCGAGCUGGUCUAAGAGACUAUAUGGAGUGUACGAUACUCAGAAUAAACUCACACUGCAGCUGAACGAGACAAAAUCAGAAGCUUUUGUGUCGAAUUCACCUAAACUCUUCUGCCCAAAGGACAGAGUUCUGGACAUUGAAGCUAUAUACAGUGUUAUUGAUGAUGCGAAACAGUUUGUAUACAUAGCUGUCAUGGACUACUUGCCGAUCGUCAUUGACACCAAUGCUAAACGGUACUGGCCAUAUUUAGAUGGGAAGAUAAGAGAAGCAUUAGUUUUACGAAGUAUUAAAGUACGACUUCUCAUAAGUUUCUCAAGAGACACAGAUCCCCUUACUUUCAACUUUGUUUCAUCUCUGAAAGCUAUUUGCACUGAAGUUCCAAGCUGUAGCUUGAAAGUG